AUGAAGAAAAUAUCAAGUAGAAUUGCAAUUUUCUUCGGUGGAUUUAUGUUUGGUAUCCUAUUUAAGGAUAGCUUCCGGAAUUUUGCUAAGCUAACAAUAAGUCAUUUAAAAUCUAUUUUUUCGGCAAUUUUUUAUAUAAAAAACAAUUCAAUUGAUUUCGAAUACCAAGUUUAUUCAAACUCCCCAGUUGAAAACUGUGUAGGAGUAGAUUCUCCGGAUGCAGGAAUAGCGGAUUCAUGCUCAGGAUGCCCAAAUGCAUCGAUAUGUGCGUCUGGACAAGCAAAUAAAAGACAAGAGAAAAUUGAAAACUUAUCCAAAAUAAAAAAUAUUAUUUUGGUUCUAUCUGGUAAGGGAGGUGUCGGAAAAUCAACUAUAUCUGCGCAAAUAUCGUGGUGCCUAUCAUCAAAAAAAUUCAAUGUUGGACUUUUAGAUAUUGACAUUUGUGGUCCAUCUGCACCAAAAAUGAUGGGAGUGCAAAACAACGAUGUACAUAUUUCUGCAAACGGGUGGUCCCCAGUAUAUGUUAAUGAUUAUCUCUCAGUUAUGUCGACUGCAUUUCUACUUCCUCAGAGCGAUGAUGCUGUAAUUUGGAGAGGCCCAAAAAAAAAUGGUCUAAUUAAGCAAUUUCUUUCUGAUGUAGUUUGGGGUGAAUUAGACUUCUUAAUAAUUGAUACUCCUCCCGGUACUUCUGAUGAGCACCUUUCGAUCGUUUCAUAUUUAAAAGGUUCGAACGUUAAUGGAGCGAUUAUUGUAACCACACCACAAGAAAUUGCAUUGCAAGAUGUUAGAAAGGAAAUUAAUUUUUGUAAGAAAGUAGAUCUAAAUAUACUUGGGGUUGUUGAGAACAUGGGACGAAUUUUUAAAAAUGCUGAGCAUGAUUCCUCAGUUAAAGAUAUGUGUGAUAGUAUGCAGGUAGAAUAUCUCAAUAAAAUCCCAUGGGAUGAAGAAUUGUUAUUUGUAUGCGAUUUGGGUCAUUCUAUUUGUGAAAAAUUCCCCCAAUCACCUUCUUCAACAGAAAUUAAAAAAUUAGUCGAUAUAAUAAUUAGCCAUUCAAUUAAUAUUUAG